AUGCCCUCCGACUCCUCCAGACACGACAACGCCUCCCCAGCCCAGUCCCGAUCGCCCUCGCCCUCGCCCCAUGAUACUCUCACCCUCCGCGCCCUCGUCAGCACAAAGGACGCCGGCGUCAUCAUCGGAAAGGCUGGAAAAAAUGUCGCCGACCUCAGAGACCAGACCGGCGUCAAGGCUGGUGUCAGCAAGGUCAUUCCCGGCGUCCAUGAGCGUGUUCUCACAGUCACCGGCUCUGUCGAGGCCGUCUCCAAGGCGUACAAUCUCAUUAUCGCCCAGCUCGUCGCCUCGACCCCUUCUUCUCCCGUUACGACUUCUUCUCCUUCUCUCCACACCUCCAUUCGUCUCUUGAUCUCGCACAAUUUGAUGGGCACCAUCAUCGGUCGCAACGGUCUCAAAAUAAAAGCCAUUCAGGAUGGCUCUGGUGCCCGUAUGGUUGCAUCCAAGGAGAUGCUUCCCCAGUCUACUGAGCGUAUCGUCGAAGUCCAGGGUUCCCCCGAGGCCAUCGGACGGGCGGUGGAGGAGAUUGGUAAAUGUCUGUUGGAGGACUGGGAGCGUGGCCUUGGAACAGUUCUCUUCCACCCAGGACCAACCGAUGACCGCAGCGGCAAUCGUCGUGGACACAGCUAUUCCUCGUCUUACGCGGGUUCUCGCCGUGGAAAUGGGGAUGCCAAUCCUCGUGGCCGCGCGUCCCCUCCGGGAUCUCCUACCAACGCUCACACCCCCGCCCUGAAUCCGCCCGCUGCCGCUAACCUGCGCACUCAAAAUAUCUCCAUUCCGUCUGACAUGGUGGGCUGCAUCAUCGGACGGAGUGGAACAAAAAUCACCGAAAUUCGCCGUUUGUCCGGUUCCAAAAUCUCCAUUGCGAAGGCUCCCCAUGACGAGACGGGCGAAAGGAUGUUCACCAUUGUGGGUACUCCCGAGGCCAACGAAAAGGCCUUGUUCUUGCUCUACAACCAAUUGGAGAGCGAGAAGGAGAGGAGGGUUGGAAGGGAAGCUCAACAACAAGCCGAGAUCCAGGAUUGA